CAAGUGGGAAAAACACAAAAACUAGUAGUAGGGGGUCAGAAUUGAGGUCCAGACGAUAAUUAUUGGACAGAUACUUAUUGGACCUGGACUUCACAUUUAUCUAUUCUUUGAAUUUCAUCAGUCACUUUCGAUACACCCGGUAUAUGUCAAUCAUGUGAAUGAAAUUGUGACAGUAAAUGACAAUACACUCAAAAAUGCAUGUCUGAUAAUCUCAAUGCGUUAAAUUGUGUAAUAUUAGAGUAAUAUUUGCUAAAGGAUUUGGUCAAAUGAAUUUAUCAGACGAAUGUACUUUUACUAGUCAUUAUCAACGAUUUGAUGAUGAAAUAUCAUCAAAUCUGAGUCAAGAAAACUACAGGACCAGUCCUAAGUAUGGAUCUAUAUUGUCUUGCACUUCUCCAGACUAUCAAGCAAAAACAUCUAAUGAAAAUGCUAUUAUACCGGAUUUACAUCAGUUAACACCAAGAGAUGUUGAAAUCGAUGACCUCACCGAAAGUGCAGCUUUUGCCAAACAAACAAUCAAUGAUGCUGAUAUACACUGGGAAAUGAAUUACCAUGAAGCUGCAAUAUUUUUAGAGGAAGGACGAAACAAUGAAAAGUUUGAUUCACAUCCUCGACAUCCAGAAGAUUUACCAGCAUAUCUUUUAGUUCAUAACGAUUGGUAUUAUGGUCUUGAUCUUUCGACUUCUUUACUAUUAUUAGCACUCGCAUUUGUUGAAGAGCCAGCUGUAUCACUUUUUCAAUUGCCAGUUUGGAUGCACGGUUCUAUAGAACUAUUAGCAUUGUUAACAAUUGGUGUGGAAUUGGCGUUGAAAUUAAGGUGGAUUGGUUGGGGUACUAUCUUAAAACAUAAACGAACAAUGCUAAAGUGUAUAACUUUAGCGAUUAUGUUUCUUGAAGCAGUGACUGUUGUUAUUCGUCAAUCAUCUCAUUUUCGUGUGACUCGAGCACUUAGACCAAUUUUUUUAGUUGAUACCAAAUAUUGUGGCGGAGUUCGAAGAUUUAUUAGACAAAUUUUGCAAACUCUACCGCCAAUUUUAGAUAUGCUUGGCCUUUUAUUAUUUUUUAUUAUUAUUUAUAUGGUAUUGGGUUAUUUUAUGUUCUCCGAAACGAAUCGUAAUUUUACAACCUUGCAAGACAGCUUUGUUAGUCUCUUCGUUCUAUUAACAACGGCCAAUUUUCCUGAUGUAAUGAUGCCUUCAUUCUCUAAAAGCAAGUGGUAUGCGAUAUAUUUUGUAUCUUAUUUAUCUAUGAUGCUCUAUGUUAUGAUGAAUCUCAUGUUAGCUGUUGUGAAUGAAACAUUUACAUCUGCCGAACGUGAUAAGUUUAAAAAAUUAUUUUUACAUAAACGACAAGCAUGUCAACACUCAUUUAAACUUCUUGUUUCAAAACAAAAUCCUGAUCAAAUGAAAUUCAAACAAUUUGAGGGAUUAAUGCGUUAUUAUGCCCCGAAAAAAAGUAUGUUAGAUAUUAUUUUAAUGUUUCGUCAUAUGAAUGCUUCUAAUAGUGGUGCAUUAAGUUGUGAAGAAUUCCUUAUGGUUUAUGAUGUAACAACGCUAGAAUGGGAACCACAAUACUCAGGGAUUCCUUGGUAUCAUACAGCUUGGAAACCUUUGCAAAUGCUUUGUUAUGGAGCACAUAUUGCUAUCAGAUGGCCUUAUUUUGAAACAUGUGUUUAUACUGCCAUAAUUUUAAAUGGAGUAGCAAUGGUUUUUAGACUCUUGGAAUCGUCAACUGAUCAAGUAGUAUCAGCUCAUAAAUUUGCUGCUGAUUGGGACACACUUGCUUUUGGGGGUUUUUUUGUUACCGAAGCUUUAACGAAAGUUCUUGGAUUAGGAAUUCGGCAAUAUCUUAGUUCUGGAUGGAAUCUCUUUGAUUUAGGAGCAUCGGUAAUGUCAUUAGUUGCGGCUUGUGGCUUGUCAUUAUUUCCAAAUGCAACAUUUUUUGUAAUAUUCCGACCGUUAAGACUUUUGCGAUUAUUUAAAAUAAAAAAACGUUAUCGCGAUGUUUUUGGUACAUUGGUAAUACUUUCACCAUUAAUGUGUUCCACUGCUAUUGUAAUGCUCAUUCUAUACUAUUUUUUUGCGAUUAUUGGUAUGGAAAUGUUUGCUGGUUAUGAUAUGCGAAAUUGUUGCAUAAAUACAACGGUGGAAGACUUCUACAAAUAUUCAGUAAAUGGAAGUACGACGCUAGGAUACUAUUAUUUGAAUACAUUUGAUAAUUUAAUAGCAAGUGGAAUGACUUUGUUUGAAUUAACCGUUGUCAAUAACUGGUUCAUAUUAAUGAAUGCUUAUGCAGUGAUAGUAGGAUUUUAUACUCGAUUUUAUUUCAUGACUUUUUAUUUAGUUACAAUGAUAGUAUUAACAAUUGUCGUUUCAAGUUUUUUGGAAGCAUUUAGAUUUCGAAUACAAUAUAAAAGGUCAACCUCAAAACGUGACGAGGAGAAAAUGUUACAUGAAGAAGUUGAAUUGAAAUGGGAUGAAUUGCAAUCAAUAAUUCAAGACUUUCAAAUUUUGGAAAAAUUAAGAUCUUUACUUACCAUAAGUAAUACUACAAGUUAUAUUGGAUCUCGACCUCGUACUCGUGAAGUACUUCAACGAAGAAUGUACACUCACGAAAUACACGAAUGGAUUGCUGAAGCAAAAUUGGAUGAAAAAUCUAAUGAAUCUGAGAUAAUAAACAGUUUUGAUGACAUCCGAGUUGAAGAUUCCAGUAUAGAUACAGGACAAAUAAUCGAUAUUAGGCAUGCUUCUCAACAUCAUCGUAAUGGACUAACUACGAGUCCUAUGUAACUGAUAUCAAUUUUUAGCCCAUUGAUUUCGAAUGAAAGAAUCCUCAUUCAAAAUAUUCUAAACGACACCAAAGAGAAGAACUUGAAAUCUAGUAAUUACUUUAUGUUAGGUCGCUAGUACGAUUAACCCUUUAAUAUUUUAGCGAUCUACGUACAUAUCGUUACCACUAUUCUAAAAAAAAACGUAAUCAACACUUAGAAAUUUUUACAAAAGAGGCGCAGAAAACCGUUUGAGAAUAAAAUGCCUGAGCUAGAUAGAAUGAGAACUUGAAUGUUGAAUAAAUAUAUUCAUAACUAAAUUUCGGAUUAAGUAUUUUACAUUCAGGGCAUUGUGCUAAAGAUUUAAAUUCUAUAAAAGAAUAAUUUUUUGAAACUUUGAGAGUUGCGACUUUUUAGAAUAUUUGUAACGAGAUGGCUUCAUGCAUAAACACACUUUUUUUUCUAAACUAGGAAAACAAUAACAUUUUUAUUGAAACAUUCUAACAUGAAAUUUUGUUCAAGGAAAUUUCAAAUCAGGAUUAGAAGUCCAGAUACUUUUUUUUUAUCAACAGCAAAGAAGUUCAUUUAAGUGAUUCACUCCAUACAUACACAGUUAAAAAUUUUAAGUUCAAUUCAACACAAAUCGUGUGUUCCAAACGGUCUUCACAAAUUUGUACGUUUCCGCCCAUUAAUUCUUGUAAGGUUCCUAUCGCAGAUCUUGUAGGAAACCUUGUACGUUCUUUUAAAAAACACACAUGAUGUAAGAAGCUUAUAAGUUUCGUACACAAAUCUUGUAUGCUUGACUUAGGGUUCAAAAAUUCUUGCAAGAAUCUUACAAGAAUAACGUACCAAUCUUGUAAGAUCUUAUAAAAGACAAAUAUGAUGAUGUAAAAUUUUUGUAAGCUUGUAUCCAUCAUGCAUGAUUUGUCUAAAAUUCAAUAAUUCAUCUAAGAAUCUUAUAAAACUAAUAUAAUAGCUAUAUAGAAAUCAGUAAGAUUUUAUAGAAGACCCCAAUAAUGUUGUUGGAUUUUUGUAAGAAUCAUAUACAAAACUUAUGAGCGUGAAAUAUGUAUUAAUUAUGUGGUAAAGUGAGUGAUUAUCUAUAAAUCCAUGAGUCAAUUCUCUAGACAGAUUAACAUAGUGCUGACAAAUUUUUGUAAAUACCAUUUCUAAUAUUUUUCUACAUACAACACUUAUACUUGAGGAACAGAAUUCCUGUAUGUUUCUUUUAGGAUUCUUGUGGGGAUAUUAUAGGAUUGAAUCGGUAUCUUGCAAAAUUCCACAAGAAUCCUGCAAGAACUUAUAUAGAAUUCGUUCUAUCCUCUUACGGGGUUUCUUACAUGAUCCAUAUAAGAAUUUUUUUACAAGAAUUAGAGGGCGGGUUAAUUCAACACAUUGCGUUUAUGUUAAUUAUUAUCACAAAUUUUAUGUUAAGUAAUUGAACAUAUAGAAUCGAUUAUUUGGACUUUUUUGUGUAACAUUAACAGAUUCAGUGUUUUAUUAACUAAAAAUUAGAUCAAAAUAACAGCUUCUGUGUGUAAAAUUAUUGAACAUAAAAAUUGUGUUAACGAUUAACACAACGUUUUUAUUAAAAUACAUGCACAUACGCCUAACCAAUCCAUGUACAUCGAUCUAUAAGCUUGCUCUCUAAACAUGAAUUAGUGGAAAUUUCAUUAAUUACGUUAGUGAAGCAGUAUUCACUUCAUAAUCAGUGUAUUUAAAUUACAAAUUAGUGAAUUCUCACUAAUAAAUUUAGUACUAUAAUUUUCACUAGCAAAUUAGUGAUUUUAACUACUGAACUAGCGAUAUUUUCAUAAUUUCUACAAGUGAAACUGUUAUUCACUUCUUAAUUUAUGAAUUUCACAAUUUUACUAGUAACUUUAACUAGCAAAUAAUUAAAUAUUUUACUAGAUAUAAAUAUCAUUAAUAAUUAUGGUGCUAUUUUUAAAAAUUUUAAUAAAAAACUUUCAAAAUAAAAAAAAAAUAGAAGUACAGAACAAUAAUAUAUUUAUAUGAAGAGUACGUCAAUCAUAACAUCACAGAUUUCUUAUUUCUUCAUCAGUUAUUGUUUGGUAUCAUAACGAAUAUAAUAUUUACACUCACGCGAUCACAUGCGUAGGUCAGCGCAGUGGAUAGCAUCAAAGGUUUGAAUCGGAAGGAUGCAGGUUCGAGCCCAGCAGUCACCGGGAUUUUUUCAUCAAUCAAAAUCAUGUAUACUUACUCUAAGUAAUGAUUCUAAUACAUUAAUCACAUUUCGGAUCUAAUUACAAGUGUCUUAUAUUUUUUUUCGCAAUAUAAUAUUUUUUUUCACCGAUGAAAUCAGUGGAUUCCCAUAUUCACUUUUCAAUUUAGUGAAUUCUCAUAUUCACUUAUCAAAUCAGUGAAUUCCAAUAUUCACAUAUUCACUUGAAAUUAGUGAAAGAUCACUAAUUCAUAUUUAGAGAGUGAUACAAUUCAGGUUAAUUUAGCAAUUAUCUAGUUUAAUAUCCUGUGAUUUUUCUAAAAAAAAAAAGAGCUAAAAAUUAUUUCACGUAAAUUGAGAACUGAACACUCAUUAUCGUUUUUAAACCCAGUGAGCACUUUAACAUUAAUUUGAUGUCAAAAUGACAUUAUGCAACGUCAUACUUUAUGUAAGAUAAGAGUUACGCUGGUGACCGUCCAAAAUAACUUAUCCCUGAUUAAAAAAGAGAAUCAAAAAAUAUUAAAAAGAAUUAAUUUUUCAAUAUUUUUAAUACUGCCAAUCCGAUCUUAAACGGCCCCGUUACAUGGCUCAAUCCUUUUUAAUUCUCUUUUUUAACCAGGGUAUGCGAAAAUAAUUACUGAAACAAUAACUUCGCACUUUUUUACGCAGCAUUCUAACGUAACAAAUGUGAUGUUACUAUUAUAUCCAUUGACAUCAUAAUGAUAUCAAUGUGACGUAACAAUAAUGUCAUAGUCACAUAAAAAAUUACCUCUGACGUAAUCAUUACAUAGCAGGUUGCCAAUGUGUGACGUAAGUUGAUUAAUGGCGAUGUCGUGUUGUUUGUUGAAUAUUACACGAUAAUGUGUAUUUUUUUUUUUUUUCGUAUAUUUAAUGUUUAAUUUUGAGUUCUUAAAUUUGAAAAAACAAAAAAAAAGUUCAUAUCGAUUUUGCAUUUUCAUCGAUAAGAGGAUGUACCUAACAAAUGAAAUAAAUAUCCUUCGUCGAAAAUAAACCAAAGCAUUACUACUAGUAGCUAUUUCUAGAAGUAAGCAGUGGUUGAGUUCUGUAAUUGCAGAAAAAAAGGAGUCAUUCGUUGGAUAUAAAUAAUAAUAUCUGACUCAACUCUUUUCUGCAACGAAAAACUUACCUGACCGUGCGUCCACUACCGGAAUUAGCAAACACUACCGAUCAGAUAGUCCGAGAGUUAGUGAACAAUUUUGGGUAGGUUCUUGAGGCACUUAAAAAAAUUUUAUGAGUGUCCCUGAAAGACCCCUAAAAAGGAAAGUCGAGGUCUGGCUGAAGGGUAGCGGCCCCCUUAGCAACCCUUGAAUUUUUUUAAAAAGCAAAUUUCUUUAUCAAUAAAAUAUUCUUGAGGCAUUCUGAAAUUUUUAUAUCUUUAAGGUAGAAAUUUAAGGAAUUGAAAUAUUAAAAAGCCAGAUCAAUUAUUCGAAUCUAAAUGUUAACCAGACAGUUGAACAAUAGUUGCUUUAACAAAUGCAAUAGUAUAUUGUACAACUAGUGCGGUAAGGUGUCGAUUGCCCACGAGAGCAAAGUUGAGCGCACGAACGAAGUGAGUACGCUCAUUUGCUCGUGUGGGUGAUCGGCAACACCGCAAGAAUUGAACAUACUUUUUUUUUAUUAUUAAUGCGAUAUAAAAAUAAAACAUUAAAUUCUUAAUAAACGUUAAAUACCUACCCGAGUAAACAAAUUUCAAACAAAAAAAAAUAAUAAAAUUUUUUUUGGCCCAACAAUAUAGAAAUACAGAAGACAAUGUAGAAAUAUUAAUUAUGUGCUACAUAAAAUUGAAAGAAUACAUUUGCUUUAAAAAAAAAAAAAUAUAUAUAUAAUUGAGAAUUUUUUAUUAGUUACAACAAAAAAAUUUUAUAUUUUUUUUUUCUUUGCACUAUAAGAUCCAGCAUGUAAGUAAUUGUGAUUGUCAGCUCAAUUAAAUUUAUUUAAAAAAUUUUUACGCCUAAAUAUAUGUCCGUAUAUGCCCUGAUGUAGCCAUAUAUGGGCAUUAGGGUAUACGUUAUUUCCAAAAUUAGAUUUUUUUACUUGGCCAUGAUAUAAAUUAUCAAUUUGUGAUCCAAGAAUAAUGAAAAAGUCUAUUCCAAUGCCGUUUAACCCUGCCUGAGGAAUGAUACUUUCCCAUUUCAGUACAAUGAGAAAAAUUUUAUUACUCGCUUAUAAAUAAGUGUACAGCUAUAACUCUUCAAAAAAAGUUUCUUAUCUUUUUUUUGUGAACCCAUCCAUUUAAGAGAUAUUGAAGCUCAAAAUUUGAUUUUUUUUUUUUAAUUGGCGUCAUUGUUCAUGAUAUUACUCCCUAAGACAUAGACAAACAGUUAAGCGCUAUAUAAACUUUUUUGUAAGAAAUUUACCGCUCUUCAAAACAGGUGUCCUAUGUUUGCUUCGUAAACUCAAACAUUUAGUAAGAGCAUCAAGAGAAAUCUAAGGAGAAUGUAGGAGAGUCAAAAAAAUAAUUUUAAGAACUUAGAGAGAACCUAAAAGAAACGAAUACUUCGACUCAGUCAUGAAUAUAUAGCAAUUAUUUUGUGAAAUAAAUUUGAAUUUAAAUUAUUCAAGAACUGUGUCUAUUGCGACAAAGUAAUUAUGUUACGUAACAAAUCCCUUAGGGGCACGGAAGUCUACCCUGAUUAAACAAAAUGAUUAAAAAUGAUUUCACACGUUGAAUGUCCAUAAGAGACAGGAUUAGAAAUGAUUUGAAGGAUUAAAAAGUAUUUAAAAUGAUUAAAAAACAAAUCAUUUUAAAUACUUUUUAAUCAUUUUUUUUAAUCAGGGUAGUCAUUUGUUACGAUUGGUUACAUACCAGGGGGGGGGGGGGAGGGGUCUAAAAAAUCUUCAAAAUGUGUUACGUAAUUUUUGGAUGUCUCUUAAAGCUGCUAUUACUUAACGUAAUAAGACAACUUUACAGCGACGUAUGACUACACAGAGAGAUUAUUCUUGUUUGGAAUGUUAAACACAUGCAAAAAUUACUAUGGCCAUAUAAAAAUCGACAACGAUUAUAUCACAAAUUACUGUAACUGUUAAAAAUUUUACUAUGGUCAUAGUAAUUUAUGCAUGUGGUUAUUUUAAUUUCCGGUAGGUGGCCCACAUGGUCUGACACUGCUAUGAUACCAUAGCAUUCCAAACAAUAAUAAUUUCUUCGUGUACAUAAAAAUAUAACUUACUUUUUGUAGAAGUAGAAAAAUGAUUGGAUUGUUAUGUCCCUCGUACGUAUUAAAAUGACUUGUUUAUUACAUAAAAAUAUGAUUUCAUCGUUAUGUAAUUUGUACGUAAAAAAGUGACUUCAAUAUUUCAUGACGGCGUGAUAUAAAUAUAACAUAAGAUCUACGUAACAAUCAAGUCAUUAUGGGACAUUAUAUAAUAAGUGAGAAUGACAUUACAAUAUAUUAAAUUAUAUUAAGAUUACAGGAAAAGUAAGUUUUAUGUCAUAUGUAGGUCAAAUUUUUUUACAUAUCUAUGAUCUCAAAUUAAGGUCAUGUGUUCACUGGGUAAUUAGCUGUAAUAAUCAAAUUAUUAGUCACAAUCACACUAAAAAAAUGGGACGACGUCUAUUGCCUAUAGACCAACUGGUCAGAUUACGAUGGCAUAGGUCCCGAUUACCUACAUUUUUAUUGCUCAGAAACCGAUCGCCCAGAUUAUUGAUGAUAUAUGAUUCCGAAAAGGUAGAUUUUCGAUCACCGAAAAAUCCAAUAAAAUAAAAUUUUGAUCGCCUACAAUCCCGAUGAGUCACACGCAAAAAAAUGAAUUAUAAAAAUUAGUAAUUGAUAACUAAAAAUUUAGAAUGUGGUCACAAUUUAAUAUCAUUUCAAACAGUAAUUUCUUGGUUUUUUGAAUAUAUUAUAAUAAUCUUAGUUUAAAUAUUUAAAUUUAAAGUUUAAAUGUAAAUUAAUUAUGUUACAAGUAAUUGAAAUUACUGUUUGGUAGAUAAAAAAAUGAAAUUAUAAUAAUUUAACGUUUCAGCUUCAACAUUCGAUGUUUGGAACAUUUAAGUUUAUAGUAAAAAAGUAAAAAAACAUUCAGUAUGAUAAAUAAAAUUUUCAAUGUCGAACAAUUGGUGAUCGGAAAUCUACCUUAUCGGAAUCAAAUAUCAUCAAUAAUCUAGGCGAUCGGUUUCUGAGCAAUAAAAAUCUAGGUAAUCGGGACCUAUGCCAUCGUAAUCUGACCAGUUGGUCUAUAGGCAAUAGACGUCGUCCUAAAAACAUGAUUCGCUUCAGACCAAAUACAAGAAAUAUUAAUUAAUUUGUGACAUCAUAAUGACAAAUCAUACGUUUUAUAAAAUAAUCACACUGAAAAAGAAUAUAGCUAUAAUUAGCAAUACCGUUAGGUUGUAAUAACCAUCUAAAGUUUGAAAAAUCGUAGAUUGUUGAUAUAGCAAUACUUUAUGUGCGUAAAGGCUAGGUUGCUAUUUAACUCAUACAAUGUUUUGUUAAAUCGACUAUCUAUAUGAUGAUUGUCAAAGCAAUCAUCAAUACAUAUUGCUAUAUUAAAAAUGUACGUAUUAAUAUAUUUACAAUCCGGAUUGCUAUCUUAACCAUUUGGAUUGCUAUAUUAACAAUUUGGAUUGCUAUAAUAGCAAUCUAUAGGAAUCGUUCAAGCAGCAAUACCAAGUAUGGGGAAUAUAACCAAAGAAUAUGGUUAAAUUGACAUUACUUUUAUUUAAAAUUGAAGAUAGUUAAGGGUCGGCAGUACUAAACGAAUUUUCGAAUUUUACUUUUCUAAUUACGUUUUGAAUAAUUACGUCACUCGAAUGAUCAAAAUCUUCCAAAAAAGUUUCUCUCAAAUUUUUUCGGAAGCUAUUAAAAUUUCUGUAAUAACAAUUGAUUAACAAAUUAAAAGAAAAGUAAAAUUCAAAAAUUCGUUUAGUACGGCCCAGCCUUAAUGCAGCAAUCUAGUAUUGCCAAGUUAACGAUACAUUUUUUUAUGACAACUAUCUACAUUACAACAAUCUACCAUUAGCAAUACAUCAAAUAGUUACGAUAACCACAUUUUUUUUCAGUGCAGUUAUAGCUCAAUUAUGCAUUCAUUUUCAUAAUUAUACAUGUUCCAAUUUUUUGAAUAAGGUUAUUUUAUAUAUUUAAUUACAAAAAUUUUAGGUAGGGGUGAUACGUUUAAAGUAGGUAACAAUCUUCAUGUGUUGAAUCAACACAAUUAAUAUAUGUCAUUUUAAUUUGAAGAAAUGAGUGAAGUUUUUUUUCGGUUAAUUUUUGAACGGCCCAAGAAAUGUGUUGCAAGAAAUUCAACUGAAUAAUUUUUUAAUAUAAAAACACGAAAUUUUUAACUGUGUAUGUCAAAAUUUGUUAUAUGUUGUUGUACUUGACUAUUUACGUCUAAGCUAAAAUAGAAGAAAUUAAUUUCCUUGUAAAAUAUCAUAUUUUUAUUUGCUUAAAAAAGUCUGUAUUCGCCAAUCAGUCAAAUGUCGUGAUUUUUUUUUUUUAAGUUUUAUUUUUUACGAAGUUUAGUUUUCUAAUUCAUGUUAUUAGCGAAAAUUUGCAAUAAUUUAUGUAUUUGAUGUGUUUUAUUUAUUUAUAUAAAGUUGUUGAAUAUGUAAAAAAAAUCUUAUAGUAAAUAAGCUUAGUAUAUAUAAUUUAUCAAAUUGGUUCACAGUUGAAAAAUUUGUAUUAAAGUUAACACAAAUCACACGUCCCAAAUGGUCCACUCAAUUUUUUGAGUUAACUUAACACAUUUUACUGGUGUCAAACAAUAAUACAGGUUUAAAACUUGUUGAGAUCAGAUGACACAUUCAACUUUAGUUAAAUUUACACUUGAUGGUGUCAAAUAAUUGACACAAAGUAUUUAACCAUUUAAUUUUUAUACACAAGAACACAAAAUUUUCGACUGUGUAUGUUAUACUCAACACUCAUAUUUAUGUAAUAAAUAAGUAAUCUAAUUUAUUAAAAUUUUGUAUGUCAUAAUAAAAAAAAUGAAUAUAUUUGUAAUCAUAUUAGUUAUAGCAAAGACAUUCCAAAUAAUGAUAAACUAAGUGCUUUACUUCCAGCUGAUGUAAACAGUGAAAAAAUGGGUUCCUGUAUGUGAUUGUCGGUAUCUAGUAUUUUUUUAUUUUCACUUUACUAAUAAUAUGAUACCCCCAAGUAAUUGACAUUAUAUUCGAAAUUCACAGAGUCAAGUAUAAAAGAUUAUAUAUUUUGAUAAAUAAUAUUAUCCCUGGUUGAGAAAUCCGAUUCACUUCAAUAGGAUUUGAUUGGAAAUAUCUGAUUGAGUCCUGUUGGAAUGAAUUGGAAAUUUCCGAAAAAUACAUUAUUUUCCGGACUGAAACCAAUUGAAUCCCAUUCAAAAUUUUUACCGGAAUGAAUCGGUUCCAAUCGGAAAAUAAUAAUGAAAUAAAAAUAUUAUUUUCCGAUUGAAACCGAUUCAUUUCGAUUAAAAAUUUUGAAUGGGAUUCAAUCGGAAAAUAGUAUUUUCAUUUUUAUGAACUUUUUUCCGAUUGAAACUGAUUCAUUCCGAUUAAACUCAAUCGGAUCUCAAUCGGAAUUCUUAACCAGGUGUGUUUUUUUGAAGAUACAAAAAAAAUGAUAAUUGGCUAACCAUGCAUCCAAUUAAAUGUUGUUGACAGUAUAAUCGGACUCCUCGACUUCUGUGGUUUCAGAGAUGAGGCUUACGAAGUCACAAUUUUGUAACCUUUGAACUCAGAAGUUCUAAGGGCGUCACUGAGAGUAAGACCGCACGAUCUCUCAGUAUCGUAUGCAAGGCAGCAAAGCAGAGAGAAAAAGAAAUCUCAAGGUUGAUUCCGAAAAUUUCCUCACCGUGGCUGGACCAAACAGCUGCAGAGUUAGGUUCUAAUAUUAAAUAAAUUCAAUCCCUUAAUGAGUGGUCGCCAGACUCAAGUUUUUAUAAAUGAAUUUAGAUAUAUUUUGUUAAAUAUUGUUUAUUAAAUUAGUUAAUUUGAUCGACCAAUGAUGUUGAAUCUGGCAGCAGAUAUGUUUAAAAUUAAUAUAAAUUGACUUUAACAAUAAUAAAUUCUCUUGAUGCCCCGACAAUUUUAACGAAUUUACUUGAAUCUCAUAAUUUAUAUAAUCUUUUAUAUUUUAUGUUAUAAUUUACGCUCUUUUAUAUUGAUAAUCACAUCCUUUAUUUUAAAACAUCCCAAGCGGCACAAAAAAAAAUUGUUGACUGUAUGUUAAAUUUAAAACGACAAUUUGUUUUCAUGAAUUUAAGUUAACCAAUUAUCAACUUAAAUUCAACAAAAACUCACCAAUUUUUUUUUUUUGUGCCGCUUGGGAUUUGCUGGCAAGAAAAUAAUUUAUAAUAGUGGUACUGCUACCUUGGGCUGUUGAGAUUUGAGUUAUAGUUAUAUUGCUUUAGUCGAAAUAUUAUAGAGAGCAGUGUAUUAAUGUUAGCGAUCUGAUUUUUUUUUCGGUGUCUUUUAUUUAAAAACAAAUAAAUAAUUAUCAUUACAUGUCAGUGAGACUUACGUAUAUUGAAAUAAAUCUUUCAAUAAAACUAUUGUUGAUAUAAUUUAUUAUCUGAACAUAAAAUUAUAAACUAACAUAAAUAUUAAUCAACAUCAAAUUAAUAUUAAAAAUAAAUAAUCUAAUACGGCCGUCCUUAAAAAGGGUUCCAGUGGAAGUAUUACGGUCUUCCAAAACCGGGUCUUAAUGCAUCAGGGUUGUUGUAAAAUUUAUUU